UAUCAAAUAAAAACAUAAGUGCUACAGUAGUGAAAUCUAAAAAAAUUUCGCAACUAAACAAGGCCUUAUUCAGAAACAUAUUCCAUUACCAGUCAAACCGGUUGAUCCUGUGGCUGAUGGGACCAAUGAACCGUAGUAGUAGUGCUUUGCGUUGUACUAGAAGACUUGUACAGGACCGUGCCAAACCAUGAACUGUCAUGUCCUCCUCUAAUCCUGUACUGUGCCCAUGUGAGGACACAAGGCAGGGCCGUUUUCGUGCUCCAGAAACUCUGCUGAAAUGGUGGCAUGGGCCCUGGACACGGUGCCAAACUUCCCUCGAUUCCAUGCGCCUCGCGUUGUCCCUGUAUGCCUUGCAAAUAUAUAGCUCAGUCACCGUUUGGUCCGUCCGAUCACCGGACCGGGCCGCGGCGUCAUGUGUGCGUGACUCAGCUCAAAGCCGGAGGGAGAGACUUGCAUUGCAUCUUGCGCGCGCCGUCGUCCCGGCCAUGGCCAUGUCGCUGGGUCGCUACGACGCCAACGUCCUGCUGGCCGCGGUGACCGCGCUCUCGGCGGCGGUCGCCUUCGUCGCGGCGCUCCACCUCUACGCGCGCUGCCUCCUGCUGCAGCGGCGCCGGCGCGUCGCCCUCGCGGAAGCGGAAGGCAGCAGCAGCCCCCGCGUGGUCGUGCUGCAGCAGCGGCACCGCCCGCCGGACGGCUACGUGGUGGAGGUCGUCGAAGGCGCCGGCGCGUGCGGCCAGCAGGCGGCAGGGCUGGACGCCAAGGCGCUGCGCGCGCUGCCGGUGUUCACGUGGGAGUCGUCCGAGCAGGGCAAGGGGAAGGGGAAGGAGGAAGGCGGCGGCGGCGUCGCCGAGCUACACGAGCAGCAGUGCGCGGUGUGCCUAGGAGAGAUGGAGGACGGCGAGCUGGGGAGGCUGCUCCCGGCGUGCUGCCACGUGUUCCACGUGGAGUGCAUCGACACGUGGCUCGGGGUGAGCUCGACCUGCCCGGUGUGCCGGACGGUGGCGGCGGCUGCCGCUGCCGCGCCGCCGGUCGCCGACGUGGACCACGGCGGCGAGGUAGUAGAGCCCAUAGCUGUCGUUGGGUGCUAGUGUAGUGUAUAAAAGGAGGUUAGUAAAUCAUAAAUAAAAUAUCGAUCGAGCA